AGCGCAGUGAAAACCUGGAUGUUUGUAUGCAUUCAUUAAAUUACCGUAAAAGAGAACAUACGUGAAUAUUGGUUUCGUCGCAAAAAGUAGCUGAUUAAUUUCUUUUUUUUUCAAAAUUAGGCUUGUACAGUUUGUAUCAGCAUAUAAAAUAUAACAUUACUUUGGCAAAUUCUAACGCAUCGCUAUAAACUGUAUUUGCUAGCACAAAAAAAGAAUGAAACAGAACAUGUGCAUGGCAUAUUCCAAUCUCAUCACGAGAAAGGGUUAAAAAGUAGGAAGUAAAAGUAGCUUUUAUUCAGUGGGAGUACGAUUCGAGGCCCGGGAAAAGUCACGCCUGAGCGUAGAGGCGAAAGACCGAGCGGACCUUGUGAACGAGACUCUAUUUACAUAUUCACACUAAGGGUUUAAAGGCGUGUGUACCAGCAAAGAUUAGUGUGACAUACCUCCUCGGCACCUUGGCAGUGGACUACUCUAACAGCACUUUCAGUCUCAGCGUUUUUGUAAUAACACUACUUUUCCAGAGACAGAGAGGAAAAAGACGACUGAAAUAGUGAUGCCAUCCAACAAGUACUCCUCCGCUAUCAUGGCGGAAAGUGAUAAGAUGACUGCCACGGCUGCUGUGAAUGGAGACAUGUCGGUGGGAGAGGGAUUGUCAGAGAACGACAGCGGUCUGGAGAUGACCAAUGAGAACAGCCCGCUGACUGCUGCAGAGCCACCUUCACCUUUCUGCCCCAAACAGAACGGAGGCGCAGCCUCACCCGCAGAUGAGAGUGAGAACAGCAUCAGAAGAAAGAGAUCUCGUAAGCGCUCAGAAACAGAGGAAGAUAGCGCCUGGGAUUCCUCCUACAGUGAGGAAAAGGCUGACGUUGGGUCCGGUUGUGAGACGGGUUUGCGGCAAAGGCCUCGUCCAAGGACUAUUUUCCAGGCAGGACUGACAGCUCACAGUAAACCCCACAACAGAGAGAGGGGGCAUAGCAAACAGGAUCACAGCAACCUGGUUUCUAGUGUUCCUGAGGGUCCCGCACUGGAGCUCAUGGAACAGGACUCUAAAGACUCGGCACAGAGCAGCACCACAUCCACCUCCACUACUGACACAGUCAGCCAACCUGAGUACAAGGAUAAUAAAGGAUUUGGUAUUGGAGAAUUAGUCUGGGGCAAGAUAAAGGGCUUUUCUUGGUGGCCAGGGAUGGUGGUGACUUGGAGAGCAACAGGGAAGAGGCAGGCCUCCCACGGGAUGCGCUGGCUACAGUGGUUUGGUGAUGGGAAAUUCUCAGAGGUGUCUGCUGACAAACUUGACUCCAUCACAGCCUUCCCAAAGUUUUUCAACCAGUCAUCCUACACCAAGCUGGCCUCCUACCGCAGAGCAAUCUUCCAGGCCCUGGAGGUGGCUAGUAUACGAGCAGAGAAGACUUUUCCUCCGUGUGAGUCUGACAGUCUUGAAGAACAGAUAAAGCCCAUGCUUGACUGGGCUCAUAAUGGCUUUCUGCCCAAAGGUCAGGAGGGCCUGAAACCCAGAGAGAAUGCAGCUGAGUAUUGUGUUUUUCCCCUGGCCUCAGAGAGCUCAGCGCUGCUGGACUCCAGCCCUCCGGAGUUCCCCCCCUCUGCCAAAAGAGCUCGACUCAGCCUCUGUAAGGCCAAACCUGGCACUGAGGACGUCUACAGCAGAGAACAAAUGGUCCAUGAAGUUUUGAAGAAUCACAGAAGUAUAGAAGAGUUCUGUCUCUCUUGUGGAAAAACGAGAGUGGCGACCUUUCACCCGCUGUUUGAAGGAGGCCUUUGCCUAACAUGCAAGGAUGUUUAUUUGGAAAUCUCCUACAUGUACGACGACGAUGGCUACCAGUCGUACUGCACCGUGUGCUGUGGCGGCAGAGAGGUGCUGCUCUGUGGAAACGCCAACUGCUGCAGGUGUUUCUGUGUGGACUGUCUGGAUAUUUUAGUGGGAGCAGGAGCAGCCAACAGCGCCCGUGACCUCGACCCAUGGCGCUGCUACAUGUGUCAGCCUCUGCAGCAGUACGGCGUGUUAAAGAAACGCCACGACUGGAGCCUGAAAUUACAAGAGUUCUUUGUCAAUGACAAUGGACAGGAGUUUGAAAGUCCAAAGAUUUAUCCUGCGGUCCCGGCAGAGCAGAGACGUCCAAUCAGAGUCCUUUCACUGUUUGAUGGCAUUGCCACAGGCUAUCUAGUGCUUCGAGACUUGGGCUUCAAGGUUGAUGUGUACAUUGCAUCAGAAGUAUGCGAGGACUCGAUUUCAGUGGGAGCUGUCCGGCAUGAAGGAAAAAUCCAGUAUGUGCACGACGUUCGCAACAUCUCCAGAAAAAAUAUUGCUGAAUGGGGGCCGUUUGACUUGGUGAUUGGUGGAAGUCCCUGUAAUGACCUUUCCAUUGUCAACCCUGCCAGGAAAGGCCUGUACGAGGGGACUGGACGCCUGUUUUUUGAGUUCUACCGCCUCUUGAGUGAAGCAAAACCGAAGGAAGGGGAAGACCGACCUUUCUUCUGGAUGUUUGAGAAUGUGGUCGCCAUGAGUGUCAAUGAUAAGAGAGACAUCUCAAGAUUUCUGGAGUGUAAUCCAGUGAUGAUUGACGCCAUUGAGGUCUCAGCUGCUCACAGGGCGCGUUAUUUCUGGGGAAACCUGCCAGGAAUGAAAAGACCACUAUGUGCGUCUGGGAUGGAUAAAUUGGAGCUUCAGGACUGUUUGGAACAUGGCCGUGUUGCCAAGUUUGGUAAGGUACGCACCAUUACAACACGCUCCAACUCCAUCAAACAGGGCAAGGACCAGCACUUCCCUGUCAUGAUGAAUGGCAAAGAGGACAUCCUGUGGUGCACAGAGCUCGAGAGGAUUUUUGGCUUUCCUGUCCACUACACUGAUGUCUCCAACAUGGGCCGUGGCGCCAGGCAGAAGCUACUUGGACGGUCUUGGAGUGUUCCUGUAAUCCGGCACCUGUUCGCCCCACUGAAGGACUACUUCGCCUGUGAAUAACACAUGUAGUCCGUGAUCAGUUAGUCCAAAGUCUCACAACAAGCUUAAUAACAAAGUACAAAACCAGAUGUCCUCAGUAAGGAGCUCUUGGAGACUAGCUAAUCUUCACAUUUACAAGACGAUCUCAGCUUUGCAAAGACAAACUGAGACGUUGAGCUGACUUGAGGACGUGGGUAGUCUUGACCAUCAGACCAAACUCAAGGUAGACGCUGUGUUGUGAUGCUUAGAGCGUCACUUAGUAAAAACACAGCAGUUAGCUUUUGUACUAGACUUUUUAAAAUUGAUGUGCCUGUCAAGGUGUUCGAAACUGUCAGGGUUCAUCUCAACACAUGCAGUUAGAUUUAAUCCUUUAUUAUCAUGAGAAAAAAGAAAAACUGUCCCUGUUGCCUUACAAUCUCAAACAAUAUGUUUUUAAAAAAAAAGUUCAAAUGUUUUACAGCUCAUCUGGCUAAGCAAUGUACAAAUGUUGUUGCAUGUGACACAUUUCCAUGGUAUUGUUAGUGUGAGAAAAAUACUUGAAAUUUAUCAAUGCAAACAUACAAACACCAAGCUGUGAGCCCUUACAAAUGCAUUUCAAAAGAUGCGUAAAAAAAAAAAAACCAACAACC